UGGCGAGUGAGUGCCACCACACCCGCCGCUGCCGCUCUGCUUCCUUUUUUGUCAUUCUCAGGAUCGGAAGGAGCUGUGAAUGCAUACCCUCGACUCGACUGUUCUCAUUUCGUCUUUGUGCCGCGGAGGUUUUGAGUAUCGAAUUCGAAUCCCACUUUUGAAAGAAAAUGAGGGCUAAAGUUGUGGUCUUUCCGAUCAGAGGAAGAAACUGGUGCUUCAGCCGAUCAAUUGACCCUUCAAAACCCGACGCCCAAUCUUCCUACGCUCCCUCCACCCUCAACGAACUCUCCACUAAAAUAUUUUCUUCUUCUUCUUCUGACCUCAGCCGCUACUCCAAACUGGAGCUUGUGAUCGAUUUUGUCUCGAACAAGAUGAACAAAGCGUGGAGUAAUCUAGAGAAGGCACCGCAAGGAACAGUGAAGAAUAAAAUUCAUGGAGUCGGAUUGAAGCUGCUGUCACGUGUUAAACCUUCAGAAAUUUUCUUCAAAUCCAUACCCAAGGAGAUUAAUGGAGUGGAGAUCAUAUACCCUCCUAGUUUAAAUCCGCGGCUUGUUCGGAGAAGACUACGGCAUAUAGCAUUCAGGGGCUCAGUUAUCCACAAGAAAUACUUCUAUGGUUCAGCCAUAUUGCUGCCUUUGACAUCUUUUUUCAUGGUACUUCCAUUGCCUAACGUCCCGUUCUUUUGGAUCUUGUUUCGCACGUACUCGCACUGGAGAGCCUCACAGGGAAGUGAAAAGCUUCUUCAUUUAGUUAGUGAUGCCUCCCACAAGUCUUUUGAAAAUGCCGAUACCAGAGAGAGUUUGUGUCAUAAUUCUGAUGAAGGCUGUGAUGAUAGUUCUGCUUCUUCUCCAUGGGUAUUCCGACCCUCUGAAGAACUGCAGAAGCUUCUGCACUAUGUGGAUGGAGAGGAGCAUGGUCUUAGCCAGUGUGCCAUAUCCAAGAUUUGCAACAAGUUCCAUUUGAACUCUGCUGAUGUUGUCAAAUACAGAAAUUCACUAUAGAGAGAAAGAGAAAAUAGAUUGAGUGCCUUUCCAGGCUGCUGCAUCAAACUAUGCUUUUCAGUUCCGGGGAUUUUUUAUUCUUUCAAACAGUUAGAAUAUGACAAACAAAAUAACUUGCAGACGAUCACAAUUUUGUACUCACUAGUUGGGCUGAAAGAUGUCAUCAUAUAAGUAUCAACAAUUUGGAAGAACAGCAAGACUCAAAGCAAUCUCUCUCCAUAUCAAGAAUAAAAAAAUACUAAAGUUGCAAUAAUAAUAUGAUA